CGAGUUCAUGUACAAACCCGGGAAUGUCAGCACGGCCCCCGCCGUGGUCGCCCCGCACCAGCCCCGCCUCGACUGGCAGAUGUGGUUCGCGGCCCUGGCCCACCACAGCAGCAGCCCCUGGUUCACCAGCUUCGUCUACCGCCUGCUGCAGGGCAAGAAGGACGUGAUCCGCCUGGUGCAGGUCGAUGAGUCCCAGUACCCCUUCAGUGCUCAGCCCCCCGUCUACAUCCGCGCCCAGCUCUACAAGUACUGGUUCACCGGCAGCGCCGAGGGCAGCGAGGGCCCUGCGCCGUGGUGGCGGCGGCAGCGCGUGCAGGAGUUCUUCCCCGCCGUCUCCCUGGGCGACCCCACGCUGGAGAGCCUGCUCAACCAGCACGGGCUGAAGGACAAGACGUCGCUGAAGCGCUCGGCGGACGCCUUCCUGCCCCGGCUGCUGCAGUCCCUGCGCCGGCUCAGCCGCCCCUUCUCCGGCCCCGCCGUCCUCUGGUCCCUGUACCUCGUGGCGGCCACCGUCUGCCUCCUGCGGGCCCUGGGCCGCCGGCCCGGGGGGGCGCGCCCCCCGCCCGCCACAAAGGCCCCAGGCGGGGGGAGCCCGCGGACCGGGGGGGCGGCGAGAAGAACGGGCAGGUGCGGAGGAAGGAGGCCAAGGAGGCGGAGGAGAAAGGCGAGGGCCGGGCCCGGGGGGCGGCCGAUGGCCACGCCGAUGGCCGGGCCCGGGGGGCGGCUGAUGGCCACGCCGAUGGCCUCCGCGGCACCAAGAAGAAGAAGUAGCGCCUGGAGCCGCCGGCUCAGGCCCCGUCUUCCACCCACGGACUGAUGGCGCUUGCCUGCGGGCCCCGCUGCCUCCCCUCUUCCUGGCUGCCUGUCCCUGCCUGCCUCCCCGGGGUGGGGGUCCCCAGCUGGGGCGCGGGCAGGCCCCCACCGCUGCCGUCACGCUGCCUGCCCCGGGGUGAGCUCGCUGCUCUCUCCCCUGCCGGUGCCUUCACGCACAGCGCGCCGUCACGGCUCGCAGGCGGCAGAGCGGGGCAGCUCCAUCGCCUCUGCCCGGCUGCCCUGGGCCCGAGCUGCCCUCUGUCCCCGCGGCGGGGCCGUGCCGGGCUGCGGCAGGGUGCUCGGCGCUGGCAGGAUGAUGCCCUGUGCUGGCAGGAGCAGCUUUGGGUAGCUGCAGCAAGGCAGCACCAGCCCUCCCGGUUAUCCCGCCCGGCCCCCUCGGCUGCCCCGGGACCCAUGCUCACGGCAGUUUGGGGUGCUGCCCCCCCCAGAGCCCCCUGCCCCGGCGGGAGGGCUCUGGCUGUAACGUGCUUCCCAUCGGCUCGUCCGUGAACACAGAGGUUUCCUAUAAUUUUCUAAAUAAAGCCUUUGACAUUCCAA